CCUUGCUAGGGUUUUACACCGCUGCUCCUCCGCCGCCCCUGCGCAGUAUAACCAGCCGUCCCGGCAAAAAUCCUCCUCGGCGGAGAGCGAGCGUGCAGUAACCAACCAACCCAGCCACCGAUCGACCGCGCAAGACUUGGGGAGCAAGCAAGGCAGAGGCGAAGCGGCUGGCCAUGGAUUCCUUCUCGUCCUCGCUGCCGUCGUCAGGUGCCGGCGCCAACCCGGACGCUGUUAUGGAACAGAUCAAGGCGCAGCUCGCGCAGGCUUACGCGCAGGAGUUUCUUGAGACCGUCGGGAACAAGUGCUUUGAAAAGUGCGUGACCAAGCCAGGAUCAAGCUUGAGUGGAAGCGAGAGCAGCUGCAUAUCACGUUGUGUUGACCGCUACAUUGAGGCCACUGGUAUUGUCAGCCGCGCUCUGUUCAGUUCCCAGCGCUGAAGUCCACAUGAACAAGGAGAGACGAUUUCAAAGAUCGCUCGUGAGAGUGAUGACCCCAUGAGAUUUUUGACUUGUCAGAAUACAAUGACAUUUGGUGCUUGAUUCUUCAAAGAAGACCGCUUAUAGACUCGGGCUUUUCUUGUAAGCCUCUCUGCUUUAGUAGCAAAGGAGAAACGUGCUCAAUUUAAGUGGCUCAGAUGUUAUUACAUCGUGCGGUUUGUUUCCCUUAACGAUACAUGCUUAUUGUGCUUGUUUGUUCCCCAAGCCUUCGCAA